AUGCAGAACAGCUAUACCCCCUAUCCACCUCGUGGUGUUCCUCAAAAUAAUCCUAGGACUGGAUUCUACCCAUCGACGCAGCCUACAGGUCCUCGUUUCUACAGCUGGCAAUAUGGGCCUCCAGUGUAUGAAAACACGUCAAACUGUUAUCUGGCAACAGAUUUUCAGCGGCCUCCUUGUCAGGCCUUUUCGGGUACGCGAUCCUCGGGUGUUCCUCAUCCCGUUCACUAUCCUAAUUUUAAUGUUCCUCCUUGUGGAGACUAUCCAAAUCCACAGCUCGAUAAAGAUUAUAGACAGUCCUCCGGUCGAGAAUUUGAGCAGAGUUGUAUGGAACAUCAAAAUCUGUUCAAUAGUGACCAAGGUACUUACUAUUCACAGUCAUACAAUGAGGGGUUGUCGGAUUCUCGUCAUAGCAAUGACUUCCAUGCUGAUGACGUUGGAUCGUCGUCCUGGGAGCCUCAAAUCCGCUUCUCCGGACCACCUCGGGAUCAAGAUUGGCGUAGUUCUCAGCCAGGUCUCGAACCCCAAGCAUCCUCUUGGGGUAGUGGUACUCCAUAUUACAAUUAUGGCUAUCAUCAAGGGGAUCGGUACCAGAAUGGUCGUGAACGCUGUGUAAACCAGUUUCAAUGCCGCGAACGUUCUCGAUCUCCGCCUACAAGCAGAGACCUAGACUACAAUCAGCAAUUUUGGUGUCGCUCCGGAGCUAGUGAGCGCCUCCCUUCUUCGGGUUACAUUGAUCCAUCGCAUCGAAUCCCAUCGACAGUGAGUUCACAGAGGCCGCUAUUCGCUGUUGCGCAAAGCACCACCUCUCAGAGAAUCGCGUCAGAAACUCUUCUGAUGAAUCCUGGUCGAAAAUCUCGACCACCAAAAAUACUUGUCAUUCUGCGUGGUUUGCCAGGAUCAGGCAAAUCAACUCUUGCUAAAUUGAUUAAGGAAAAGGAGGCAAAGGCUGCAGAAGAUGAGGGGAAGAGUGCUGCGGUCCGCGUCCUCUCCAUGGAUGACUUUUUUAUUAAUGAGGAGGGUCGAUUUGUCUACGAGGCUGACAUGGACGAGGUCUACCGUAAGCAGCUCGUAAAACUCCUUUCUCGGCAAAUGGACAACGGACUUUUUAACUUCCUUCUUAUUGAUGCUGUCAAUCGCUCGGCUGCCGAACUCGAAGAACUGGCCAUUCAGGCUCGAAGCAGGCAUUUCCAGGUGUAUGUCAUUGAAGUUAAUACCAGUCUAACUAUCUGCCUUAGUCGAAGUGCUGGACGCAGAUCAGAGAGUGAUGUCCGUGCCAUUUUUGCGGCAUGGGAACCAACACCGAGUCGUUACACCAUUAUUGACGCCAACUCCUUGCAGCAGGAAAUAACUGCUGAAGAGGUUGACAUGGAAGCGGAUAGUGGCACCGAGGAGGGGGUAAGUCCACUGUCAUCUCCUGCUCCAGCGCAUUCUGGCCCUGGGACACGGGAAGAGGACCACAAUAAAGCCGGAAACGAGAAGGAUAGUGAUGAAGAUGAUGACGAGGACAUAUCGCGUGGCGCAUGGGGAUUGCUCAAAAGCAAGUGGGAUGAUGACGCCUCCUUUCAGCGGCUUGAACGGCUGGAUGGACUUAAACGAAAGCUGCACCACUCGAAUUCGUCAAGCACCCUUUCAAUGGCUGAGUACCUUAAAGAUGAUGCCUCUCAAUUUCGGAGGAGGAAAGAGGGAGUCAAACGAGUGACUUGGGCUGACAUCGAGGCGCUGCGGGAGAAUUCGCGCAUGCGUGAGCUUGGUUUUGUCGUUGGACAGACGGAUUGGAGUCGAAUGACUGAGGAAAAUGAUGCAAAAAUUGCAUCCCAGGCCCUUACUCGGACGAAAUAUUUCUGA